GCCUGCAGUACCCCCACCCUUCCCCGCCCUUCCCGCUCCUCCCCUCCCUCCUUCUCUCCUUCCGUUCCUCCCUCCUACCGUCCGUCCCCCCAUCUCUGCUCAGCUUCUCCACAGCGCGGCUCCGACACCCGAAGGGACAGAAGCGGGCGCAGGAGCCCCGACAGGCAGCAGCGGAGGAGUGGGACGGUCAGUCCAGCGGCGGCCUCCGCAUGGCCCUUCCGUGAGAGGCUGGACCCAGCGACUGGGGCCAGGAGCGGUCUAGUGGAGUCCCAGGAGCUGCCAGCACUGGGUAGAAGCAGUGUCUGCCAUGGAUGAGGAUAAGCUCCCAUCUGUACUACCUGGGGAAGAUGGUGCCACUUGGGACCCCAGCCUGGAGCCUGAAGAGGAGCCUGGGGACCAGAACGGAAUGACAGCCAGUGAGGACCUGAAUAGUAGCCACAACACCACAGGACAUGAGAUAAGGGGCACUCUGAUGGACACUGAGGAGCCCGCCAAGGUCCCAGACAUGGCCCUCCACAGCCUCGGCCUUGGCCUCUCCCUCACCAAUGGCCUAGCCCUGGGGCCAGACUUGAACAUUCUGGCGGAUUCCACAGAGUCCAGACCCUGGAGGGCUGGUGGGCUGGCGGAAGGGGAUGAUGCCUCCAGGAGCCUUUGUCCAGACACUGAGGACCCUCAGCUGGGGCUGGAUAGCCCUGGAGGGCCAGAUGUGCGGGACGGCUUCAGUGCCACGUUUGAGAAGAUUGUGGAGUCGGAGCUGCUGCGAGGUACCCAGUACAGCAGCCUCGACUCCCUAGAUGUACUGAGCCUCACAGACGAGAGCGACAGCUGCGUCAGUUUUGAGGCCCCCCUCACACCCCUUAUCCAGCAGCGGGCGCGUGACAGCCCUGAGCCAGGGGCUGGCUUGGGCAUUGGGGAUAUGGGGCCCGAGGGGGACAUGGGAGCAGCUGGUGGUGAUGGGGAGCUGGGCAGCCCCCUGCGGCGCUCCAUCUCCAGCAGCCGCUCAGAGAAUGUUUUGAGCCGCCUGUCUCUCACGGCCAUGCCCAAUGGCUUCCAUGAAGAUGGACCCCGGGGCCCAGGCGGGGAUGAAGAGGAGGAGGAGGAAGAAGAGGAGGAGGAGGAAGAAGAGGAGGAGGAGGAGGAAGAAGACACAGACAAGUUGCUGAACUCAACCAGCGACCCCAGUCUAAAGGAUGGCCUGUCGGACUCAGACUCAGAGCUGAGCAGCUCAGAGGGGCUAGAGCCUGGCAGCACAGACACACUGGCCAAUGGGUGCCAGGGGGUCAGUGAAGCUGCUCGCCGGCUGGCUCGCCGCCUCUACCAUCUCGAGGGCUUCCAGCGCUGUGACGUUGCCCGGCAGCUGGGCAAGAACAACGAGUUCAGCAGGCUGGUGGCCGGGGAGUACCUCAGCUUCUUUGACUUCUCAGGCCUGACUCUGGACAGAGCGCUCAGAACCUUCCUGAAGGCCUUCCCACUGAUGGGGGAGACGCAGGAGCGUGAGCGGGUUCUUACUCACUUCUCUCGCCGGUAUUGCCAGUGCAACCCUGAUGACAGCACCUCGGAAGAUGGGAUCCACACGCUCACCUGUGCCCUGAUGCUGCUCAACACGGACCUGCAUGGACAUAACAUUGGCAAGAAGAUGUCCUGCCAGCAAUUCAUUACCAACUUGGACCAGCUGAAUGAUGGCCAAGACUUUUCCAAAGAUCUGCUGAAGACCCUUUACAACUCCAUCAAGAAUGAAAAGCUGGAAUGGGCCAUUGAUGAGGAUGAGCUGAGGAAAUCACUGUCUGAGCUGGUGGAUGACAAGUUUGGGACAGGCACAAAGAAGGUGACACGGAUCCUGGAUGGUGGCAACCCCUUCCUGGAUGUCCCGCAGGCUCUCAGCGCCACCACCUACAAGCAUGGUGUGCUGACCCGGAAGACUCACGCCGACAUGGAUGGCAAAAGGACGCCCCGUGGGAGGCGUGGCUGGAAGAAAUUCUACGCAGUGCUCAAAGGGACCAUCCUGUACCUGCAGAAGGAUGAGUACAGGCCUGACAAAGCUUUGUCUGAGGGUGACUUGAAGAACGCCAUUCGCGUGCACCAUGCUCUGGCCACCAGGGCCUCUGACUACAGCAAGAAGUCCAAUGUGCUCAAGCUGAAGACGGCCGACUGGAGGGUCUUCCUGUUCCAGGCACCGAGCAAGGAAGAAAUGCUGUCCUGGAUUCUUAGGAUCAACCUGGUGGCCGCCAUCUUCUCAGCCCCGGCCUUCCCAGCGGCUGUCAGUUCCAUGAAGAAGCUCUGUCGCCCCCUGCUGCCCUCCUGCACCACUCGCCUCUGCCAGGAGGAGCAGCUGCGUUCUCAUGAGAAUAAGUUGAGGCAGGUGACUGCAGAGCUGGCUGAGCACAGUUGUCACCCAGUUGAGAGGGGCCACAAGUCCAAGGAGGCGGAGGAGAACCGACUGAAGGAGCACUAUCUCAUGUUUGAGAAAAGCCGUUAUGAGACCUAUAUCCACCUCCUGGCUGUGAAAAUCAAAGUGGGUUCAGAUGACUUGGAGCGGAUUGAGGCCCGGCUGGCCACCCUGGAAGGAGAUGAUCCUUCUCUCCGCAAGACCCACUCGAGCCCUGCCCUCAGCCAGGGCCAUGGAACUGUGACUGGCAGCAAAGCCACGAAGGAUACCACUGAGCCUGAUACUUAGCUGGCAUGAAUGGGCAGGUCUCAGAGGCAGGCAGAUGCCCCAGAAGGGUCAGUGAGCACAAUUCCAUCCAGGGGUCACUCGGACCUGCUCCAGGCAGUUGACGGGCAACCAGAGGGGUGUGGAGAGGCUCAUGGACCAAGGAGAUGAAGAUGCUGUUCAUGGCGUCGAUCUUCUUGCAUCCUGGAACUUCUCUGGGCCUCAGACCCUCUCCCCAGCCCUUGCUUCCCUCUCCAGCACAGAGCCUCAUUUUGCAGGCCAGUUGUGUGCAUGCUCUAGACACCAUCUCACUGGAGAAGUGGGAAUGGUGCUUGACUUCCAGGCCCUUGUCUUCUCACAGGUUCCUCCUCAUCCCUUGUUUCCGAGGGCAGGUCUUGACUCCAGGUCUCAACUUGGACCCCCACCCUUUUUCCUCCUCCUUCCUCUGAGUUGACCAGCAGCAGGUCUGCAGACCACCAGCACCAUCCUCUCCUUCCUCUACCCAGCAGUCUCUGGAACCAUGCUUCGUACUCCCUGACAUCGCAAUAAUCCAGGACCCUGGCCUGCUCUCUCCAUGCCAAGCUGUCUCUGCUCACGUGUGCUUCCACCUCAUCUUCCAUCCAUUGAGGCCACUACUGAUUUCUUUUAUAUGGACAUAAAUGUAUAUAUAUAAGAAUUAUAUAUAUAUAUAUAAUUAUAUAUAAGGACCCCCUUUAAAGAUGGUUUUGGAACUGAUAAUCAGAGGAUGAAAUAAGAUGAAGGAAAAGCCUAUUUCAGAACUCUGCCUGUUAGCGAGGAGGACUGCUAUCUGGCCCCCUGGUGGCUCUGACACUCUGGGAGGGAAGGUGGAGAUAGUACUGACCUCCUCUCACCCCAUUUUUUCCCUCUUCCGGCUGACCUGUGACUUACACUGCUCUUACCGUUGAUGUUUUGGAAUAAAUAGACAGUGGGUGUGUGUGCCACCCCAUCAGUCCCACAGGCAUCCUGGUGUGUGAGUGGGAUGGGACCAUGGCUCUGUUUAUGUUUUGGUCUUUAUAUUGGUGCUGUCAGGUCUCUGAGUUCCAGAGGUGGCCUCGUGUACAGAUCUACUGCUACAGGAAUAAAAGACACUCUGCCUUGCAAAUAGCCACUUGUCAACAAGCCCAAAGAUAUUUGGUGGGGGAAAGUUAUGGAAGCUAUUAAUCCUUGGUCUUGGGAAAAGGUGGAAUGACAAGUUGCUGAUUGUUUUUUAGGUUGAUAUUUCUUUUACUCUUUUAGUGACUCAGAAACGCUAGCUAAGGACAUGUCUGGGAAAAAUAGAGAAAUUUGCCACGUGAUGAUCACAGACAAGCAUCCUUUAAACCCCACAUUCCUCAGAUUGACAAGUAGUGGGGUGAUGGCAGCCACAAUGCAGCUAUGAUGAGUAAAUCCUUUCUAAAUUUUAAAUAGAUUACUAUAGUUUGGCCAGCAAUUUGACCUCAGUGGUAGCAUAUUUAGUUAGUACCGUAAGUCAACCUUGCAACUAAAUACCCAACAUUUACAAACCCACUCAUGUUAGAUGCAAGGGACAUGUGAAUUUAUGGAGAGAUGUAGUGAUUUAUAUCCAGAUUAUUUAAUUUGGAUCAGAUAAAGUGUAUUUUAUAACCAAACCAUCCGACCCCUUAAUUUUGCCGAGGGGAAGUAAAUGUUCAUUUAAGUGAACCUGAAAGAGCAAUGUGGCAAUAUAAAGAGCUUUCUGUACUUUCUCCAUGCUGUCUCAAAGGUCCUUUGAGCUUUGGUGUCAGCUUCCCAUCCUCUACCUCACGAGGGCUGGUGAGUGAAAGCAGAGGACUGAGCUCUGUCUAUUGCAGACAGACGUGCUUCCCUGAGCACUAGUUGUGUCUCCCACCAGUAAAAAAAUAUUUAGUUCA